GGACAGAGGACAUUUUGUGAUCGUCCGUUGAGCUGCUUCCUGUCAGGACGGAUUCUGGAAACAAGAAGAAAAACCUUUUUCUGACGUCAAACUGCAGAAAUGAAGAGGAAGAGGAAUGAAGAGGCUCCGGCCCACAGCCCCAAGUCGUCAGUCAGUUCACCGACGACAACAGAUGGAUCCCAGAGUCCCAGUGGAGUCUCCUUUAAAUCCAAACACAUACCACCUAACCUCGGAGCUGAGAGUCCUGAACGUUCACUGACGACAACAGAUGGAUCCCCGUGUCCCAGUGGAGUCUCCUUUAAAUCCAAACACAUACCACCUAACCUCGGAGCUGAGGCACCUGAACGUCAGCUGACUGGGGAACCAUCCAGCAGGUCAUGCAAACAAUGUCUAACAUCAGACUGGGACGAGUCGGACUCCCGCUGUCUGACGUGUGAAAGGAAACGCCAAAAAGUAUCUCAAAGCCUCAAAGACGUCACCGGGGACCACCAUCUCUUGGAGGCAAAAAAUAAAUUUAAAGAAGAAUUGCAAAAAAAAUUUACAUUCACAUCUGAAGGUACUGGUGAGGGUCAGAUUUCCUUGGACAGCAUCUACACAGAACUCUACGUCACUGCUGGAGAGAGUGGAGGGCCACAAGCAGAGCAUGAGUUCAGUCAGCUGGAACGUAAACUGAAAAUGCCUGCAUUGCCUAAACAUACAGUGAACCUCAGAGAUAUAUUCAAACCUUUGUCUGGACGAGAGAGACCCCAAAGAAUAGUUCUGACGAAGGGCAAUGCAGGGAUCGGAAAGUCUUUCUCUGUGCAAAAAUUCAUUCUUGACUGGGCCAAGGAGGAAACAAACAAGAACAUUGAUUUUGUUUUCUAUUUUGCUUUCCGAGAGCUGAAUUUGAUUAAAUGUAAGAAAAGCUUGCACAACCUCCUGACCGAAUUCCACCCUGCACUCUCUGUGAAAAGUCCAGAACUUUAUGCCGAAACCAAGGUUGUAGUGAUCCUUGACGGCCUGGAUGAGAGCAGAUUCAAACUGGACUUUAAGAACACUGAGAGGCAAACAUCUCUGAGUGAAAAAACAUCUCUGGGUAGUCUCCUAGUAAACCUGAUCCAGGGUAACCUUCUCCCGGAUGCUAAAGUCUGGAUAACUUCUCGUCCACUAGCAGCCAGUCAGAUCCCAGCAGAGCAUGUCGACAUGGUGACAGAGAUAAGAGGGUUCAAGGAUGCACAAAAAGACGAAUAUUUCAGGAGGAGAUUUAGUCACGGCUCGGGUCUUGCUGAGAGGAUCAUUUCACAUAUUCAUUCUUCACAACAUCUGUACGUGAUGUGCCAGAUACCAAUCUUCUGCUGGAUUUCUGCCAUAUUAUUCCAGGAAGUGUUUGCUGCACACACGAAAGUUGAAAUGCCCCAAACUCUGACAGAGAUGAUGGCACAUUACCUGUUUGCUCAGACAAAACAGAGAAACAGAAAAUAUGACAAGAAGCCUGAGGAAAAACUUCUGAAAACACAGAGAGAUUUUUUUCUGAAACUCGGCAAGCUUGCAUUUGAUCAUCUGCAGAAGAACAGCUUAAUUUUCUAUGAGGAAGACCUGAAAGAUUAUGGCAUUGACAUAAAAGAAGAAUCUAUCCCUUCUGGAUUUUGCACCACAGUUCUUAGGGAGGAAGAUGUCUUUUCCAAUAGGAAGGUUUUCUUCUUUGUUCAUCUGACCAUUCAGGAGUUCUUUGCGGCUCUCUACGUCUAUGACUGUUUCAUGAACAAGAAAACAACAGAACUCAACGACUUCCUGAAACUAGAGGACAAAGAACACACUUUACUUGAGCUUCUGAAAAUCACAGUUGAGAUAGUGUUGGAGAAGGAGAAUGGCCACCUGACCUACUUCUUACGAUUCCUCCUGGGCCUCAUGGUUGAAUCUAAUGGGAGAGUUCUUCAGGGUCUCCUAACAUUUCCGGACCCAAGCCAAGACACUGAGAAGAAAAUAUUGAUUUACCUGAAAUCCAUCCGGAGAAAGACCCUCUGUCCAGAAGGUAGCAUCAUCCUUUUCAGGUCCAUGGUUGAAAUGAGAGACCAGAAAGUCAAAGAAGAGGUUGAGGAAUAUCUGAAGAUAAAAGAUGGUUUAAAACCAGAGCUGACUCCCCUGCACUGCUCUGCACUGGCCUACAUCCUGCAGGUAUCGAAGAAUGAUCUGACUUUAUUGGACUUGAAAAGUUACAACACAUCAGAUGAGGGCAGAAGGAGGCUGAUACCAGCAGUGAAGAGCAGCGAAACGGCCAUACUAGCAUCCUGCAAAGUGACUGGAGAGUUGGUUGAACAUGUGGCCUUUGGUCUCACGUUUCCCUGGUCACCUCUAAGAAAUCUGGACCUGAGCAACAAUGACCUGCAAGAUUCAGGAGUACAGCUGCUCUGUCAGGGUCUGAAGAAUCAAUACUGCCAGCUGAAAAGACUGAGAUUGUCAGGUUGUCAGGUGACAAAGACCGGCUGUGACUAUCUGAUCUCGGCUCUAGAGUCCAACCCGUCCCAUCUGAAAGAACUGGACCUGAGCUACAAUGAUCCAGGAGAGUCAGGAAUCAGUCGCCUUAAUAAGCUGAAGGAAGAUUCCAAAUACAAGCUCAGCGAUGUCAAAGCUGAUCAUUGUGGAAGUUACCGGAUGAUGCCAGGAUUCAAGAAAUAUGCCUGCAAACUCACGUUGGACCCCAACACAGCUCACAAGAACCUCCUCCUGUCUGACGAGAACAGGAAGGUGACCUGGGGGACGGAGGAGCAGCCGUAUCUCCAUCACCCAGAGAGGUUUGAUCAGUGCCCACAAGUGCUGUGUGAGCAGAGUCUAGAUGGGUGCUGCUACUGGGAGGUUGAAGUGAAGGAGCCCUUCAACAUUGGGGUAACAUACAAACCCACUUGCAGGAGCGGGGAUGUGGAUGCUUGCAAGCUGGGAUGCAACGACAAGUCUUGGAGUCUGAUUUGCUCCGAUGAGGGUUGUUACACUCUGCACCGCAACCAGAGAGUCAGUGUAUCCUCCCUCUGCCAGCGCUCCAGUCGGGUGGGAGUGUAUCUGGAUUGGGAAGCUGGAAGUCUGUCCUUCUACAGAGUUCUCUCCAACAAUUGGGUUCACCUCCACACUUUCACAACAUGGUUCAAGGAGCCCCUCUAUCCCGCCAUCGAACUUCACACUCAUUCUUCUGCAUUGCUUUGUUAGACACUCUGACUUCGAUCGUGUGCAAAGUGUAUAGAUCAGUGCCACACACACACACACACACACACACACACACACACACACA